CCAUGAGAACAAACAGUGUUGCAACAUAUUGCUAUCUCACCUAUAUAUAGUGUGAUUCCCUAAACAUAGUUGCGUUGGUUCAUUUCCUCAAAAUGAACAUGUCGGAGACGCUCCCCGUUGAAUUCACCAUACCAGAGGAUAAACAUCAACGUCUGGUAAUAAGCAGUGUCCUGCUGUACAUCGGAGUCUGUCUUAACAUUGCAGUACUCGUGUCGUUACUGAAAACAUGGAGGCCUGACAGCAGGAUACAGUUCUUCAUCCUUUGUCUUUGCACCGCCGACCUACUCGGUCUUUGCUUUCAUCUUGGGAUCGAUAUUGGAUGGAUUGCGACGUACGUGUGGACUGCUGGGAAUGUUGGCUGCAAGAUAUGCAUGUUCCUGCUCAAGUUUGGACACACCAUGGCUCACUACUUCCUGGCAUCGUUUAACGUUGACAACGUCAUCACCAUAUGCUGUUAUAAGUCCAGGAAGGUAACCAGGAUCCUGCUCAUUGUCGUCUCCAUCUUUGCUGCAGUAUGUGUCUGUGUCCCGGAGGCGUUCGUGUUCAGUACACAUAUUCAUCCACACUAUCAGGAACUCAUCCAGUGCGCAAAGUUCGACUUCUUUGAAGACCAGGAGUCUGAAACAAUUUACCUCGUUGUGUAUACCGUUGGCAUCUAUUGGUUUCCACUUCUUUUCGUCAUAUUCACAGGAAUACUCGCCAUCAUUGCAUGGCUUACCAAGAGGGCAACUGAGGAGUUUGAAGAAGCAAAGAAGAAAACUCCAGAUGGAAGCGACCUUCAGACAUUUGGCCUGGACCUAGCCAUGGUGUCAGCAUUUAAUGUUGUGUUCUUCGUGUGCUGGACGCCGACCUGUGUUCUCUUUCUCAUUGAGAGACUGGGUACUCUCAACUUGGCUUAUGACCGUUUGGAGGUUUUGUGGUUGGCUUUCAAAUACAUCGCAGUCAUAAACAGCUGUCUUAAUCCUGUUAUAUACGGGAUUUUCACGUGCAUCAGACGUAAAAGGGAACCGCUGUCCGGCCUUGAACCAAGUCCGACGUUUGAGGAGAACAAGGCGUUCGUCGAAUAAUACACCACAUGUGCCUCAAUCAUAAUGCGCAUAGGAAAAACCAAAAUUGGACUUCCAAGAUGAAAAAAAGGACUUAAAGUCUUUCAAACCAAAGCGACUUGGCACUUUGCGUAGGGUUCACUUAUUCCUAAUAGUAUGCAUAAACUAUGUACGUUUGCGGUGAUGGUCUUAUAAAGCACCUUCCAAAAUAAGAUACAAAUGAAUUAUAAGUGUUUCAGUUAUAUUACGGCGCGUCGGUGUGCUGUGUGGGGAAAGUCUUUCGACUUUCGUAAGACUCACGAGUACGGUUUUGGUGCUGAAAAACACACAUUAAUAGGGCUAAUCUGGAAUUUUUACCAUCGAUCGCGGCUUCAGACACGUCAAAGGGACAGAACUCUGCACAGGGAAUUUGCCACUUUGUCCCCUACCUUAUUUCAGUAUCACUAUGAUUUUCGUACAGAGAUGUUCACAGGUGCAGCAUCUAAGGACCUGGAACAACUGUUGGAAGAAUUUUUCAAAAUGCACCGUGUCGCAAUGUGGUGCCAGUGGUGCCAAUUGUGCCAUCAUGUUAACUAAUGAGCCAUUAUUAUUAACAUGGGUGAACUAGAUCUGUGACCUUACGCGUGGAUCAGUCCCGUGCAUAAGUUGAGUUUAGCGUCACUUUUACACAGUUUGGUUAGUACAUGGCGUGGCAACGAUCCCUCCUGUCGUGGUACGACGGCAUGCACUAAGAGAGGUGACACUUGUACCGACACGUUGUACUCGAGGACCUGCCCGGAAUCACUGUCUGUUAGUGUGGAUAAUUGUCUUGUUAUAAUCAUGAUCCGAUAUUUCAGAUUUACAUCAAGACAUUUUUAGACAAACUUAUGAAUAAUCAUUAGGUUCGUGUAAUCCCCAUUGAUCUUUGAGACACCAUGUGUUCAGAACGUAAAUAUAGGGCAUUGUGUGUACAAUGGAUUAUCAAGAUGGAGUAGAUUAUUGUGUGCUGGGCCAUGUUUUGAUAACUUCAGUGAAUAGUGACUGGGUGAAUGUUGGUUUACGAUAAUAAUAUUACAGCUGUGCUAUGUAGUGGCGGCCGGUAAAUAUUGAAGUCUGGCCUUUGCAAACUUGUGACCAAAAACAUGAAAAACGAUCAAAGCUGCUUUAGCUGGCCCCUGCGACAAGCACAGACACGAGGCAUUGGACUACCAAGUACUAACUGUAUCAAGUCAGUUCGGUAUGUUUCACGGCUCACGAUACGCUUUCCCAUGUGUCCCUUGAUGAGUAUUUACACAAAAAGUAAUAUUUUCAAAAUGCAAAAUCACGGCCUUUUCAUACGGCGAUACGUAUCUUAUAGUGCUUUUAAGCGAACCCAUCAUACAUGUUCCCCCUUUACUUUGCCUUUUACGCCCAAUGGAAUCACGCUGCUGUAUAUUUAUAAUCGGAAACAAUAAAUGAUAACCAGACGUUGCUUUAUA